AUGGACUUGCAACAACUAACAUUUAUUAUUGUCUUUGUGGUUCUCAUAUCAAGAAUUAUAUCAUUAUGGGUUGUCAAAUUUUCACUACAAACAGAAACACUAGGUAGACUUCCACCAGGGCCACCAAGGUGGCCCAUUGUUGGUAAUCUCCUCCAAUUAGGGUCGUUGCCUCAUAGAGAUUUGGCUUCUUUUUGUGAGCGCUAUGGACCAUUGGUAUACCUUCGUCUUGGAAAAAUCGAUGCCAUUACCACCAAUGACCCUAAGAUUAUCCGUGAGAUACUUAUCCAACAGGAUGAUGUUUUUGCAUCGCGCCCACAGACCCUAGCUGCAAUCCACCUUGCAUACAAUUGUGGUGAUGUUGCACUAGCACCUUUUGGUCCUCGAUGGAAAUGGAUGCGAAGGAUUUGCAUGGAGCAACUUCUUACAACAAAAAGACUUGAAUCUUUUGCAAACCAAAGGGCAAGCGAAGCCCAACAUUUAGUACAAGAUGUAUGGGCUUUGGCCCAAGAUGAAGGCCCGAUUAACCUUAGAGAAGUUUUAGGUGCUUUUUCUAUGAACAAUGUGACCCGAAUGUUGCUAGGGAAGCAAUACUUUGGGUCGGGCUCAGCUGGGCCAAAAGAGGCCUUGGAGUUUAUGCACAUAACUCAUGAGUUGUUUUGGUUGUUAGGUUUGAUCUAUUUGGGUGAUUAUUUACCAUUUUGGAGAUGGGUAGACCCGUAUGGUUGUGAGAAAAAAAUGAGGGAGGUGGAGAAAAGGGUGGAUGAUUUUCAUAUGAACAUAAUUGAAGAACAUAGAAAAAGAAAGAAGAACGAGGAACAAAAAGACAAAGGAUAUAUGGAUUUUGUUGAUGUUUUACUCUCUUUGACCGGUGAAAAUGGUAAAGAGCAUAUGGAUGAUACCGAAAUCAAAGCUCUUCUUCAGGAUAUGAUAGCUGCUGCAACAGAUACUUCAGCAGUAACUAACGAAUGGGCAAUGGUUGAAGUAAUCAAACAUCCUCGUGUCCUUAAGAAGAUCCAAGAAGAGCUUGACAAUGUUGUUGGUCCUGAUCGAAUGGUCUCUGAGUCGGACUUAUCAAAUCUCAACUACUUAAGAUGUGUGGUACGAGAAACCUUUCGGAUGCACCCAGCUGGACCAUUUCUAAUUCCACAUGAGUCAAUACGUGCCACAGAGAUCAACGGCUAUCACAUCCCUGCCAAGACACGUGUCUUCAUUAACACACAUGGUCUUGGGAGGAAUACACUCAUAUGGGAUGACGUCAAUGUGUUUCGUCCAGAACGACAUUUGACUGGUGAUGGGAGUCGGGUGGAGAUAAGUCAUGGAGAUGAUUUCAAAAUCCUACCAUUUAGUGCGGGAAAAAGGAAAUGUCCAGGUGCGCCUCUUGGUGUGACAUUUGUUCUAAUGGGAUUGGCUCGACUUUUCCAUUGCUUUGACUGGAGCCCGGCUGAUGGAUUGAGAUGUGAGGAUAUUGACACGGAAGAAGUGUAUGGUAUGACAAUGCCAAGAGCAAACCCCUUGAUGGCUGUUGCAAAGCCUCGUUUAGCUACUCAUAUGUAUCAAUGA